AUGGAAGGCUACUACCAGACGAACCAGUUGCCCCCCCAGCAGCUGGACGGCCAGCUUCCACAUCCGCCGGACGAACAGCAUCCGACUCACCUCCCCCCCAAUGUUUUAGACAUGUCGAUGCAGGAUCCCACGCUGCCCCCCGAGCUUCAGCAGCAGCUUCAUCAGUCACGAUCGGCCAUGUCCAACAAUCCGAUGAUAUCAGGCCAGGCCGUGCUCCAGGACGGCCACAUGGAUGACGUGAUGCGCGACGGCCACCAUGACAUCCAGCGACGAAGAAGCAUGCCCCAGGCCUACGGGAACGCCCUGGGCCCUGCUCCGCAGGGCAACCCGCCUCGACGCAUGUCAACGAUCGGGCCCAGAGACAUGAUGGGGUUCGACGCCGGACCUGCUGGCUUUGGCAAUUAUCAGUUCGACCCGGAUAUGCAGACUCCCUUCUCCGCCAUGAGCGCCAGCAUCGGCAUGCAGGAUCCGAUGGGCGGCUACGUGGCCGAUGCUGGCAGCUUCUCGGGCAUGCCCCAGGACCUCAUGGGCAACAUGAUGCAGUCUCAGUUUGCGAACAUGGACAUGGGCGGAUUGGCUGCCGAGCCUUCGGCAAUGGAUCUAUUCCCCGGCACAAGUGGCCAAGCAUCAGAUCUCACUGCUACGUCCAUCGCCAGCCAGAUGGAUGCAAACCAGCUCGCAUCCGGCGACGAUGGCUAUGCCCUGACCGGCAGCGCCGCCGGCGCAUCACUAGGUGGUCGCUCAAACGGCGGCCACAAGGGCAUGGCAUUGGGGCACGACGAAGACUUGAUGAAUGCUCCGCCUCCACAGUUCCAGACGAUGACCUCCGGCCCUUCUCACCUUUCCAUGGAAACGGACAUGGUGGCAUUUGAACCAAGCAUGCCUUCUCCUCUUCCCGGAUCAGUGCCUGCCAUGUCGGCCCAGCAAAGCUCAGCAUCCAUGGACAUGGCCCAGCCAAGCCCCGCCUCCGCGACUCCAAACCCGGUUCCGAAUACCAGUGACCAGUCCAAGGAAAAGACCAUCUACUCGAAAAGCGGCUUUGACAUGCUCAAAGCGCUGUGGCUCGUCGCGACUCGCAAGAACCCCAAGAUCCAUCUCGGGGCUGUCGACAUGUCCUGUGCCUUUGUCGUUUGUGAUGUCACGAUGAAUGACUGCCCUAUAAUAUAUGUAUCAGACAACUUCCAGAACCUCACUGGGUACAGCCGCCAUGAGAUUAUGGGCAAGAAUUGUCGCUUCCUCCAGGCACCCGAUGGAAAGGUCGAGGCUGGCUCAAAACGAGAGUUUGUUGAUGACGGAGCCGUGUUCAACCUCAAGAGGAUGAUCCAGGAGGGCCGGGAGGUGCAGCAAAGUUUGAUCAACUAUCGCAAGGGCGGAAAGCCGUUCCUGAACCUAUUAACAAUGAUACCUAUCCCCUGGGAUACCGAUGAGAUCAGAUACUUCAUCGGCUUCCAGAUCGACCUCGUUGAAUGUCCCGACGCCAUUUCUGGCCAGGAAAUGGGCGGCGUCAAAGUCAACUACAAGCACAGCGACAUUGGUCAAUACAUAUGGACUCCGCCAGUGUCAAAUCAGUUGGAGUCUGACAACGGACAGACACUUGGCGUCGACGACGUCUCUACCCUCCUACAGCAGUUUAACCCCAAUGGGCUUGUGUCGGAUUGGCAUAGGCAGUCCUGGGAUAAGAUGCUUCUCGAAAAUACCGACGACGUGGUCCAUGUCAUAUCCCUCAAGGGCCUCUUCCUCUAUCUCUCGCCCUCGUGUAAACGCGUUCUCGAAUACGACGCCGCGGACCUGGUUGGAAACCCCUUGUCUUCGGUUUGCCAUCCCUCGGACAUAGUUCCGGUGACACGGGAGCUGAAAGACGCAACGACGGGCAGCCAAGUCAACAUCGUGUUCAGAAUACGGCGGAAGCAGAGCGGCUAUACUUGGUUUGAGAGCCACGGGUCAUUGUUUGUCGAUCAGGGCAGAGGCCGCAAGUGCAUCAUUCUGGUUGGCAGAAAGCGGCCCGUCUUUGCCCUUGGGAGACACACUUUGGAAGCGAACGGCGGCAUCGGUGAUAGCGAGCUCUGGAGCAAAUUGUCCACGUCUGGCAUGUUUCUCUCGGUUUCGGCAAACAUCAGGUCCCUUUUGGAUUUACAGCCCGAGUCUUUGGUCGGUACAAGCAUCCAGGAACUCAUGCGCAAGGAAUCACGGGCAGAGUUUGGACGUACGAUCGAAAAGGCAAGGAAGGGCAAGAUAUCUACCUGCAAGCAUGAGAUGCUUAAUCGGCGAGGGCAGGGACUCCAGGCUCAAACCAUCCUGUACCCCGGAGACGCCUCAGAAGGCCAGAAGCCGUCCUUUGUCCUGGCUCAGACGAAGCUUUUGAAAGCCUCGUCCCGUCAUGCUCCAUCGACUCUUACUGCCGCGAACGCGUUAUAUGGCGCCAACUCGUUAAGGGCUGAUAUCCAACACCAGGGCCAUGGUGGCCCGAUGCUUCAGCCGGCAGGCGGGGCGCUUGUCCCAGGCUCCCAGGAUGCCGCUCUGGCGUCCGACGACAACAUCUUCGAUGAACUCAGAACCACCAAAUGCUCAAGCUGGCAGUUCGAGCUUCGACAGAUGGAGAAGAUCAAUCGUAUCUUGGCCGAGGAGCUUGGUGGCUUACUGUCGAACAAGAAGAAGCGGAAAAGAAGAAAGGGCGUCGGGAAUGUGGCGCGCGAUUGCGCCAACUGCCACACUCGAAAUACUCCAGAAUGGCGGAGAGGGCCAAGCGGACAGCGAGACUUGUGCAAUAGCUGUGGCCUACGAUGGGCUAAACAGACUGGCCGAGUCUCCCCACGCAACUCCACGCGAGGAAGCCACAGCGUGAAUACUGACACUCAGACUAAGAAAUCCACGUCUCCCAUCCAUUCCUCACCGCUGCACAGGAGCGAGACACCAAAUCCAAUACAUAGCAACGGCGAGAAUCUUCUGGACCCAAAGCAGCUGGCAAGCAAGAUCGCUGUGGCUUCGGGUGGCUCGGGCUCGAUGGGGGGACCACAUGCCUCGUCCUCUUCCACCAUGCCGCCUCCAAGCCAGUCAUCUCUAGCCCACGGCGCUGUCAGCUCGGGAAUGGCAUCGAUACGAGAAGAACGCGAAAGCAGCCAAACAUGA